AUAUAUUAUUACAUCACACGGAAUAUAUACGUAUCAACUUCGAUCCAAUCCCUCCUACAAAUCCUCUCUGGAUGAUUUAGGCUUAUUAAUAAGAACGCUUUGGGCAGCCUUGCAGACAAGUCUUCAAUUCAAAAAUUUAAUACUUCACUCACUCUAAAACGCGGAACCCUGCAGCUUCUCCUUAACACCGAGAAAUUAUUUGAUAUUUAGAACGUCUUGGUAGCGUCCGCAAGCCGAUAUAAGGUUACUCAUAAUCUUCUACAGCAACCGCGUUGCAUUGAGUUUUUGACCGUUCAAUCCUUUUAGGGAAAAGGUUCGAGAGGAUUUCAGAGCUGUGCCAACCGGAUAGUCUUCGACUGUUAAUAAUAUCACAUUGGAUUGAAGGUUUAUAAAGACACCAGCACAGCAACACGAUUCGAGAAGCUACAGCAUAGGGCACCAUGGAGACAGCAGAAGAAUAUAAUGAACGACCCUCGUUCACCAGAAGAUCCCCAUCUCCCACUGCGCCGCCUAGACCAGCUAUAGGAGCAACUAGGGACUUCACUCGAAGCGUUUCGACAGCCUCAGAAGGCUCGGUUUUUUCUGGCAGAUCAAGUACGAUGAGUCGUACAUCUGAAAACAGUUCGGUGACCUCGGUAUCUCGAUCAUCAUCUGCGAAUUAUGGGACUAGAACAUCUAUGGCAGGUCUGGAAAGGCCAAAACGACGCGGUUAUGUUCGACCACAAGGAACCAAUUUUGCAAAGUCGGCACAAUCAAGAGAGAGUGUUCUGAGCUUGGGAAGCAUAGCGCAUAUACAAUAUUACUUCGCUCGAACCGGUCUGCUGGACGGGAAAGGUGGGCGAUUGAUGAAGAAGAGGAAGGAUGGAAGAGAGACUUUAGAUUUAUCGGCUUUGGACACGUCAUUCCUUGUACCUAAUUCGGGAUCCGAUGCGGACUCGACAUAUGCUUCCACAGCUAGCAGUCCCGAGCUCUCUGCGCAAUUAGGUGGUUUGAUGGUGGAAAGUCCCCUACAUGACUACAACGAGGACGUGGACCAAGAUGUCAGCGGCGACGAAGACGAUAAUCCUCUACACCUCCUUCCUCCAACGGCAAGUACCUACAUUCACCGCGAGAAGGUCGUUGAGCCUCCUCCAACUCUCAAUCAGCUUAGACAGACCUUGGUCGAUGCUCUCAAUAAUGCUACCAUAGCUCUAGAAGAUGCAAAGCACGCAAGAACCCCGCCGGCCUCUCCAUUACCCAUGCCCAGAGUCGAGCCUACAAAUCCCGCAACCCCUGAUGCUAAGAAUAGAGGUUGGUUCGAGGUACAAGGCAUGCACAUGCUCGACAUUAUGACUCUUGCUAUCCGUGCAGCAAAAAUGUACUAUACCGCCCACGAGCAUCCUGAACGCCUUCUAGCAAUUAAGUCUGAGAAAGAAAUCCGAGGAGAAUUGUUAUAUGUUCUUGAGAUAUUGAAACGUAUGGCUAGUCGGGGAUUCGCCAAUGGAAUACGCACAGCGGAAAGGGAAACAAUGGAUAAUUGGGUUGACGGCGUACGCAACAUGCUUAGACGAGAGAAAGUCCUUGAGUACGAGGAGAGAGAUCUAAUAGCUAGGUGGACAUGGCUUCAUGCAGAUGGCUGGGUAGGAAAGGAAAUCGAAAGAGAGUAUGCAUUCUUAAAAUCUAUGGAUCCGGAACCUGAUACUCUACCACCAUUGUCAUUAGUAAAUGAUGUAAAAGAUGACAGUCAACUCCCUACACCACUUCUCGCGGAAUUAAAAACUGGUCUAAGAUUGGUGCAGCUACAUAAUGCAGCAGUCAAGAAGAGUAAAAGACCCUUUGGAGCAAUAUCUACCUUCCACACCGAGUUCAACAAACCAUACCGAUCAGCCGAGAACCUUCGAUUCUGGGUCAAAGCCGCUGAAUUAAGAUGGGAAGCAGAUGUCAAAUUUGAUGUCAUGGGAGUUGUAAAUAAUGAGGAUCGUGAUGUAUGGGAGGGAUUUGAAGAAGUAAUUUGGAAAUGGUGUCGAACGGUCCGGGAGGAGUUGUCGGAAGAAUUAAAAAGACCAAGGAAGAAUUCUAUUAAGAUCUAAUUGUAAUGGACUAAUAGUCACUUCUGUUAUGAGAUUUUAUCUUAGCAUGUUUUUACGCUAGGGAAAGGAAAGGGAAGGGUGGGAAGGGAAGGAGAAAGUUCUCCGCACAUACAUACCAAUAUUUAUUGCACAUAAUCAGGGCGUGGACUUUACGGAGAGAGGUCAAUGGAAAUAUCGGUUUUAUGGGCAUAUAUCUUGUAGUAUUUUUAUAUUUCUUUUAUUCGCGCUUUUUCGCGCAAUUUCUUUUUUCUUUUUACUGUUUUCAUUUUUUUUUAAACUUGCACUAGCUUUCGCUUUAGCUUUAGCAUCAGCUGGCUUUGUAGGAGUACUAUACCCAUACCCAUACUCCGAUUACUUUUAGCUACAGAUACAUAGAUAUCUUGUGUACUU